CUAAUAUGUAGGACCUUCUCGUUAUAUGAUGUGCUGUUAGUCAAUUUUUGACCCUCCAAGCGAGUCAUUGUCAUGGCUUAGAAGUAGAUGGGAAGCGGAAGGAGCUGGCAUCCAUCCUCGUGUCGUCGGAAUGGGGUACGGAAAUAGCGAGCUGCUCUUCAGACGCAGUUGCAGGGAAGAGGAAGUCAGUCUCAGAGGUGUCUUCAAUAUAUCUAUGCGAAGAACUGAAAUAUUAACCGAGUAGCUACUUACAAUAAUAGAGAUAUUACCGAAAGAAGAGCAACGUAGUGGAUACAG